AACAACAUCAUGUUAUCAACGUGCACGAGAAAUCUACAUAAGUGCCUAUCAUCUCGUGAUGUAUUAUUCUACUAGUCUCUAGAAAAAGCAAAAGAUACCCAUCUUAACGUUCCCCACAGAUACCGCAGUCAUGGCUAUUGCGGCUGUAGGUCAGCUCUGCUCAACGGCGUCAAUGAGCCACAACCUUGCCCUGUGUCAAAUCUUAGUAAAGAAAGCUGUGGACGCUGGAGCUAAAGCCCUUUUCCUCCCCGAAGCAGCAGAUUAUAUCGCAUCCAGCCCGGCGGAGUCAGUAUCACUUGCUCGACCAAUGGAGACAAGCCCUUUUGUCCUUGGCCUAAGGAAAGCAGCUAAAGAAUCCGCUUUGGCAAUCAAUGUGGGGAUCCACGUGCCCGCCAGCGAGGGCAAGCUCAGCAAUAGGAGCUGCUGGAUCAACGAAAGAGGGGACAUCGAAGCGGUUUAUGACAAACUUCACCUGUUCGAUUAUGGUGCUUUGAAAGAGAGCAACAGUGUGGAAGCUGGGAAAUCCAUCGUUCCCCCCGUAGAUACGGUCGUCGGUCGUGUUGGCCUCACAAUAUGUUUUGAUCUUCGAUUUCCUGAGAUUGCGUUGGCUCUCAAGCGUCAGAAUGCUCAGAUCAUCACAUAUCCUUCCGCAUUCACAGUUCCGACUGGGAAGGCGCAUUGGGAGGUCUUACUGAGAUCCAGAGCCAUUGAGACUCAAGCAUAUGUUAUUGCUGCCGCUCAGGUUGGCUUCCACAACGAGAAACGAAGGAGUUAUGGACACUCCAUGGUCGUAGACCCAUGGGGCAAGGUCAUUCUGGAUCUCCCAGGGGAGGGAACCGAGCCAGAAAUUGGGAUUGUGGAUAUCGAUUUGGAUUACAGGGAGAAGGUCAAGAGUGAGAUGCCGUUACUUAGGAGAACAGAUGUAUACCCCGAAGUUUGAAGACCAAGAAUACGAAGCAUUUUGAACUCGC